AUGCCGGCGCCGUACCCGACACUCAACCUCAUCUUCCUCGCUCUCCCUUUCGGAUCUGCAUUUGACCGUCGCAGCUGCUUCGAAACAGCAACAGCCUUAGUCAAGAAUCAAAGCCUUUCGCCAACUAGCCACUUCUUCUUCCGCGAUACCCUCGACAGCCUUGCAUACAAUGGUCCCGAGAACAUGACUCUCACGCUCGAGGGCUGCAACGCCCUCUGCGGUGCCGAACAGACGUGGUACACCGACAUCGGCCCGCGCAUAACCAUCUGGCUCGUCCCGAUCCUUCUGCUCCUGGCGAAUGUGGAACUUAGCCCGCUCGACAAACGCCGGUUCCUUGCGAUAUUACACCUGCUGGGGGACCCCAUCGACAGCAUCUGGUCGCUGCUGCACAAACUCGACGCGUGGGACCGCUGCUCCAGGCUCGCGGCACGCUGCAGUGGCGUAUGCCCAUCUUGCCAGGGCGUCAUCGCCUCGGUAUUCGCGGGAUUCGAAGAACUGCAAGGGCCCCGGAUUACGUCUGAGCGCUACUUCGGCUCCCUCCUCCAACAGCGCAGCCUGGCCAAGCACUUCAACGAGUGGCGACGCGCCGCCGUUCGCCUGGCCGACGGCCGCAGCAACGAGAUCGGGCGCACCGUGCUCGCCUUCGUGCUGUAUAUCGUCCAGCUUAUAGCCGCCUUCGUCCCCGAAGUUGGAGGGGCCCCUCCCGGCCCUCCAGGAGGCCGUAUCGCUACGGGUGUGCUGCUCUCCUGGCUCGUCCCUGUCAUCUUCCUUAGCAAUGCCAUCGGCGGUCUGCCCUCGCACCGGACCGCGUAUGACAUCUUGGCUGAUCUCGCUGCGAACACGGGAGACAAACCGUUCCACAUGCCGCACCGGCGCUCCCUCUUCCUGCCCACCUUUCCUUCCAUCGCCCAACAGUGCUACACAGACUACUUCCGCGCACUCGGCUGGUCCGGCGCUAUCUACACCUAUCGCCCGUGGAAGGUGCGCUACAUCAGCUCCACCCACCACCGCCAUCUCCAUACGCUGCUGCUCAUCGCAUUCGCCACCGCGCCCGUGCUGAUCGGCCUCGUCGGCGGGGUCCUCAUCCUCUGGUACCAGCUACCCACAGGCCUCAACUGCCGGCACGUCUGGCUGGUCGGCGUCGCACUCCUCUGGAAGAUCUCGGCCUUCAUCACCUGGGUAUCCCACCGCCCCGGGCUCGCGACAGGGAAAUACCACUGGCGCCUCACUCUCAUCAAGGACAUAUGCGUCGCGGGACCGAGUGUUUUUAUAAUGCUCUUAUCCGCGAUCGGCCUAUUCAAUUCCUGCUGGUGCUGGAGCGGGCCGUUCCAGUACCCUAACAUCGGACGUGUACCCCUGCCGGAGACAGUGUAUCUGCAAAAUGCAAAGUCAGUCUACCCGACCAUCGUGGGCGUGACGUUGCUGCUGGAGGUAGGGGUGUGCGUGGUGGUGGCAGUAGUGUGGCGGCGCGGUCUGCGGUUGCUUAGGUGGAGGGAGAAAACGCGUCAGGUGGAGUGGGAGCGCGUUAUGGAUGGCAAGAGAUGCAAGUGCAUGUACACUGGUGGCAGGAGUCGACAGUCAUUUAUAAUACAUUAUUAA